CCAUACAUUUAUAUUACUUGUUGUCAUUUAGUGUGAAUUAAAUAAACAUCACAUCUUCCAAUUUAUAAAGAAAUUUCUUUAUCAUGAAGUCAUCAAUAACUCACAGACUUCGAUGUAAUUUUUAUUUAAACCGCCUGAUUAAAGCAUCUUUGAGAGCAUCAACAAAAGAAAAUUGGAGGAGUAGAUUGGGGAUCAUGAAAGUGGAGGGAUUCUCGGUGCCAAUAAUUGACUUGGCGAAGUUUGAAGUAGAGAAGGAGAAUCUUAGGGCGGCGGUUGUUGAACUGGGUUGCUUCCGAGUGAUCAAUCAUGGAAUCCAUGAUGCGAUUAUUGCAAAUAUGAAGUAUUCUGGAAGAAAUAUCUUAGAGCUAUCCUCUGAGGUGAAGCAACGCAACAUCAAUAUCAUACCUGGAAGCGGUUACAUACAUCCUAAUCAGUUGAGCCAUUUGUUUGAGAGUUUAGGCAUCUAUGAUGCCAACUCAACUGCUGACAUCCAUGCCUUCUGCACUUGCUUGGGCAUCUCAUCCCACGACAAAGAAAAUUUGAGUACGUAUGCCUCUACACUUCAUUGUCUCACUGUGGAUUUGGCAUCCAAAAUAGCUGAGUGUUUAGGAGUUGUAGACUAUUCGUUUCAAGAAUGGUCUUGUCACUUACGAUUGAAUAGAUAUAAUUUCACAAAAGAAAAUAUUGGCUUUGAUGGUGCAUAUACCCAUACAGAUAGUAGUUUUAUCAGUGUCCUUCUUGAAGACGAGUCUAAUGAUGGAUUUGAGUUUAUAAACUCCGAGGGAAACUCUGUGGUUGUUAAUCAUGUACCGGGAACAUUUCUUAUAAAUGUCGGCGAUAUCGGAAAGGUUUGGAGCAAUGGAAGACUUCAUAAUGUUAAACACAAGGUGGUAUGCAAGAAAGCAGAGCCGCGAUUCACCGUUGUCUUAUUUAUACUUGCACCAAAGGAUAACAAGAUUGAGCCUCAAGCUGAAUUAAUUGAUUCUAAGAACCCACAACUCUAUCAAAGUUUCGACUUUAUGGAGUACAGGAAGAUUAAGGCUUCAACUCGAUCAGUAACUGAACUUCUCCGACAUUGGGCUGUUGAUGAAGCUAAAGCAAUGGCUUAAUGUACUUAACAAGUAGCAAUUUGUUUCAAAAUGUAAUAUUGGAUGCUGAGACUGAGAAUUGACAGUGGUAUGAAUAAAUGUGAAAAUAAUUUUCA